GGCAGCCAUGGGGGUCGCGCUGCCGCCCCCGGCUCUGCGGCGCUGGUUCCGACACACAAUUGCUCUCGCUGUCUUCGUGCUGAUGAUUUAUCUGAGCUCUCGGAUCCUCCGUGAGUGGCCCCUUCCCUCACCUUCUCAGGAAAGAGCCCAGGAGUCUAAGCCUUGGGAACCCAAACCCCUUCCUGGAGCCUUCACGCCCGCUUUGCUGUCCCCAGGGGUCUUGUCAGGCUGCAGGCCAGGAGCACAGUCCUGCACUCCGGAAGGACCGCUGCCCUUCCAGGUACGGCAGGAGUCCGGAACCCUGGCGGCCCCAGGUUGGAAAGAGCCCCCGUGUCUGGGGCCUCAGGGAAUGCUGGGUCGCAUGAGAAGGUCCUUCCAAGCCAGUUUGAAGCCCGAAGGGGAUGUGGAGUUGUCGCAGUACCUGGCAGGAUGGAGAGAACUAGUCAGGUUCCUAACUCCCCUGGGCUCCAUCUUCACUUUCGCCACAAGCGAGGCCUUCAUCAAGGUGACAGCCCUAGAGGCUCGCGUGCAGGGCCCAGAUGCCGCGCACUACACGUCGCUGGCGACCAUGGCAGCGUGGGAGCGGCGCGCGGCGCUUCUGGGGCCGGACGUGGCCCUCCCGAGCCGCGACCGCUUGCUCGAGCUGGCGUGUCCAGCAGCCGGAGACGCGGAUGCGCGAGCUGCGCUGGCUGGGGCUGCCGGCACCCUGGAGCAAGUCUACAAUCGCACCCAGGACCUGCUGGCCGGGUACGGCCUGCUGCAGCUGGCCUGAGAACUGCGGCGGCGAGGAAAGCG